GGUUUAAAAAAAUAAGUCUAUUAAAUUAGCCAAUCACGCGUUUGAAUUAUGAUGCCGCUCAUGACUGUAAUUUUAAAGUUUGGAUUAGCGACAGCAAGCGGCCGGAGCAGCCGGCAAAUUGCUCCAAGAGGUGUAGUGAGUAUACGUCAAUUCGUCAGGAUGUCUCAGUUAUUGGACAAUGUGCCUGAUGUGGACAUCGAUGGCCACGGAAGAUUUAAGUACAUUUUAAUCAACGUGCAGGAUGACGUUGGAAAAGUUAGCAAAAAGAUUGUCAGAGGAUACGCAAGAGCACAGUGGCAUGCUGAUAUAUUCGACGAAGUAGAUGAACAAAUCAAGAAACAUGCUGGUCUACAAGCGGACUGUGUAGGCGGUGGAAGAAUCGAACAUGACCCUGACGAAAAGACCAUCAAAGUUUAUGGAUAUUCGCAAGGUUUUGGCAAAGCGGAUCAUCAAGUGUCGGUUGAGUUAUUGAAGAAAAAAUAUCCUGCCUACAAUAUCACGUGCUCAGACGAAGUUACUAAUAAAAUGUAUACUGUAGUUAUUAAAGAGAUGAAACAACUCAAUCUUAUUGCGAUAUUGUUCAAGGUAUAUUUAACCAUGUUUUCCCGAGCCGCAAAAUCAGUUGUAAAAUCUGUUGGAUCACAUCGAAUCUAUACUGGUGAAAAGAAUUUCAAGAUUGCUCUAAUUGGCGGCGCAAGAGAAAUCAGUCAAACCCUAUCUCAGUUAUUAAGAAAUAAUGUGAAACCGAAUGUCCUUGCGUUAUACGAUGUGGCAGCUGUCAACAAGCCUUUUUACAAUUUCUAUCAUGAACAGCCAUUCAAAUCUAUUCCGUCAGAAAUGUCAACAAUGAGAAAGAAAUCCUGUUUGGAGGAAGGCAAUCGUUCAAAUACAGUAAUUAACAGCACGAGACAAACAGACAAUAAUAAUCAUCAAGGAAAUAAUGGAAGGAAUCAGACAGAGAAACUUGUGGAAGCUCUUUACCGUUUACCAAUAGCUGAAGAAGUUCCAGCACUUAACAGUCCAUUGGUACCUAUUGAGGAAUUAAUGUCAAAGGCGAGUAACGCAUGCAGCAGGAUGCGUCUUUAUGCCAGAGUCCUGGGUGAGACGAGUUCCAACAACAUGAAAACCUGGCAAAGAGAUUACGCCACCGUCCCGAUUCGCAAGUGGUUCUUCGACUUGACGUAUCAUCCAUCGUUUCAAGAGUACACUCUGAACUUCAUUCCAGAAGCGAAAAUCGUAAAGAAAGAUCGAUCGAUGAAGAAAACGAGAAAACUCGAACAUUUAUCCUACAAUGUAUUCAUUGCGAAAGAAAAUAAUCAUCAAUUGUUGCCAACGUUUUUGUUGAAUCAUGGCGAAAAGCCGGCAAGAAGAUUGAUGAAGAAAUUUAGAAAUGUUAGUAUACUUCCAAAUAUGGAGGCAUGUUGCAAAGGAGCAGAUAAAUCGACCGAUUGGUUGAUACCAGCAAUGCUAUUAAAUAUUAAAUUGAGGUUAUUACAUGAGUUCUACGGUUGCAUUAAAUUUCCUUUGUCUUCAUUAAAUUUCAUAAAUUACAAACAUAAAAACAAUCGCGAAGUGAUUUCAUUCAAUCGCGAUAGCGAAACAAUGACGAACGAUACGUUAAAUGUCGUUGAACAGAAAAAUUGGAUUCGACGAACAUGCUCUAAAAUCAAAUCCAUACUCCCAGACCUGCAGGCUAAAAUGCGAUUCCAUUCGACAACCGCAUCGGACUUGCAUUGUUCGGAAAAUAUUUUUGUGGUGAACCAAGUGAUUCCGUUUUCCAAUAUAAUUUCCAAUAAUGCGAUUCUCUUUGCAUCAAAGGAUUGCGAAGAUGAUAAACCGAAGGCUGGCAUUCGGAGGAAGAUACAGGAAUUUUGUAUGCAGCGGAAAAAAACUCUUAAGAAGAAUAGAGAGAAGAAUGAUAUAUGUAACAAAAGAGGGAACUCGUGUGAAAAGAAGACUAAUUGCUCCGGGAGAAUAACGGCAGACAAGAGACAAAAUGUAGUUUCCUGCAAAAAUAGAAAUAAUUCUUGCAAUAAAAAAUGUUCCGAUCCAUGUAAAUCGAAAAAGAAUAAUAUUUGUGGAACAAAAAAAGAUUCUUGCGAACGAAAGGUCCAAGAAGACCCAUGUAAAAAGGCAAAGGAUGAUACUUGCAGUACAAAAGAUCCGUGUAAAUCGAAAAAGCAUGAUACUUGUGAAACAGAAGAAGAAGCUUGCAUUCCACCAUAUAACGUAGAGGAAGAACCAAGUUAUUAUGAUCUGUUUGAUCAUAGUCCAUGUAGGUUAAAAAAGGACAAAAAUAAUGAAGAAUGUGGGAAGAAAAAAGAAACAAAAAAGCCUGAUUGUUCAAAGAUUAAAAAAGUUGAUUGUGAGAAGAAAACAUGUUCAUCUGUUAAAAAGCCACAACCAGAAAAUUUGACUGUGAAGAUUUCAAAAUCCGAAAUAAUAGCAGAAAGAAGAGAGAGUUCAAGUUCAUCGAUGACAUCUGCGGUAAAAAUAACGGAAAGUGAAAAACCGAUCGAGUUCAAUCGGAUCCAAGCCAACAGAGAUUUUCUAUCGAUCAUCAAUUCAUACCAACAGUUUACGGAAAUCAAUUUUGUCAAAGAUUUUCAGCAAGAUUUCAAUUCGACAGUCAAUCACAAGGAUUGUUUCGCUUUUUCUUUUCUACAUAAUCAUUUUGUCACUCAUCUUUGCUAUUGCAAGCAGUGUGAUAAGUUUGAGGAAUCGAAGUUAUUGUACGAUGCCAACGAUGAUUAUUUCCCUCAAGGUGAAGAAUACGAAGACGAGAUCGGUACAGAUGAAUAUCAACUAGAUAAAAAAAUGAAAAAACCUAGUAAAGAACUGCCGAUUGUCGACGAUGAGUACGAUAAUUUUCAGCCGAUGAUGUUGUUUGAAAAUAACAAAUAUGUCAAUGGAGGUCCAUUAACGAGGUUUAUCACACACGUACAUUUUUCAAGUAUUGAAGAACUAACAGAGCCUAAUCGAAUAAUGCUGAUGUUAGAAAAAGUUUCCAACAAGGACGCUGUCGAAAAAUUGCAAACUCUGAUCGAGAAAGUAGCAGAGCUCAAGCGUCGAGUUUUCCGAUCCAAACGUAAAGCACCGAAAAUCGAGGCUACGGACGGAAAAAAUGAAAAAAAAAUUGAGGGAGGUGGGCCAAGAGCGCUGGUCGGGAUUACCGCGAGAUUAUUGAGGAAUAAAAUCCUUCACGAAUUAAUACGUAAAAACCAGCAGGCAGUUAGUGGCAGAGUACUGCGGCUAGGUGAGCCAGACUGUGGCGAAGAACCGCCUAAUGAACCAAAAAAGCAUCCAUGCGAUCCACCCAAGGGCCCCUGUCAGCCCGUCGAACCACCGGGUUAUCCCCCCAAGCCAAAACCCAAAAAAAAACCAUUCUGCGUUCAAUGCCCACCCAAGAAACCGUGCAAGAAAGAGAAAUGCUGAAUCGCGUCAGUAAGAGACAGAAGGCUAUCCAGAAGCUAAAGUUCGUACAAACGGAAACUUUCCAAAGAAGUCUACCAAAGCCUAUCUUUGGAAUAGGAGAAUU